AUGUCUCUUGACGGUGCACCAGUCGCACCUCCAGAAUUUCAGAUAUACAAUUCCUAUGUUAUUGACCCACAAUAUGCACGUUACUUUACGAUUGCCUGGACAUCGACGCUUGCUGCGUUCACGGUGUUAAACGCCCCAAAUCUUGUUCAGUCAGCCCGUCGAAGGAGACUGCCUUCGUAUAAGGGCUUAUGGGAAGAUUUUUACGGCUAUCAACCAGUUCAGCCCGUUGAAGAGGAGCGAAAGACAACAUACCUCCGGCCCCGCCAAGGAGCGGUAACCCGAUGCAACGGACACGAUGCGAGUUGA